CUUCGUGCUAAACCACGUUUUUCAAAAUGGCGGACAGCAUGGUCUCGAAGAAGAAGAGGCGUCUGGAAGAUAUGAAUGCAGAGGAAUUCAUGCAAUAUGGACUGGACAGUGACUUGAGUUUGAGUGAAGACGACGAAACAGCUGACAUAGUUGCAGCUAAAAAGAAUAAGUCCAAAACAUCAGCCCACAAGCAACAGCUUUCAAUGCUUGAGGAGAAGGAUCCAGAGUUCUACAAGUUCUUGAAAGAGAAUGACCAGGAAUUGUUACAGUUCAAUGAUUCUGAUACUGAUGAUGAGAUAGAGGAGGAGAGUGAUGAUGAUGAAAAAGAUGAUGCCAAUGAUGAUGAUCAAGUUACUUCAAAUAAGGUUUAUGAAAAUGAAGUGGAGGCAGAAGAAGAGGAAGAAAGGGAAGAAGAGGAAGCAAAAAAGAAAGGAAAACUUGUCACAAUGGAAAUGAUCAAACAAUGGAAAAARGAAUUGGAGAAAAUGUCUCUUCAUGGUCUCCGUCAAGUCUUUAAAGCAUUCAGAUCAGCUGUACAUGGAGCGCUUGAUGAUGGUUCCAGUGACGAUAAACAACCAAAGCAUUUUGCUUUCAGAGUGGAAGGCAACACAGUCUUUAAUGCCAUCGUCCAACUUUCUCUCAAACAUGCUUAUGUUGUCUUGAAUCAUCACAUUGGAAGUUCAUCAAGCAAACAUGGCAAAAUAACUCUACCAUCUUCUCACAAGAAAUGGAGUCAAGUGAAAACACAUUUAAAGUUUUAUCUGAAUGAUCUGCUGCAGUUAUUAAGGACGCUAGCAGAACCUUCAAUGCUGUGUGUACUCUUAAAACAUGCCCAGCAACUCUCCCCAUACUUUAUUUGUUACCCCAAGAUAACAAAGAACUACAUCAAGAGAUUGAUUCGUAUGUGGGGAACUGGCAAUGAACAUGUUCGGGUCAUGGCAUUUCUUGGGAUCAGCAAACUACUGCCUCUUCUGCAUUCUUCUUUACUUGAAUACACAAUAAAGCAACUUUACAUGGCGUUUGUGAAGAAUACAAAGUUCACUUCUCCAAAGACAAAGCCAUUGAUAACCUUCAUGCAGAAUUCUUUAGUUGAAGUGUUCAGAACAGAUCCCAACAUGACGUACCAACAUGGGUUUGUCUAYAUUAGGCAGUUGGCCAUUCAUCUGAGAAAUGCUAUCAUAAAUAAGAAAAAGGAUUCCCAUCAGUCAGUCUAUAAUUGGCAGUAUGUUCAUUGUAUUCAUCUGUGGUGCCGAGUGCUGAGUGAGAUACCAUCACAGGGUGUUAUGGAUCCUCUAAUCUACCCACUGGUGCAAGUAACUUUAGGAGUUAUCAAGUUACUKCCCACUGCACGCUACUAUCCACUAAGRUUYCACUGUAUUCGAUCACUCAAUCAACUGUCMAGAGCUACAGGAACYUAUGUACCGAUUGCACCUUUUCUCYUACAGAUUCUAGAUUCAGAAUUCAACAAGAAAAUUAAAAUGUCAACAGCCAAGCCACUUGAUUUCUCRUGUAUAUUAAAAGUAUCCAAAGCUGCUCUACACACAAAACCUUUUGAGGACGCAGUGAUGGAUAAUGUAUUUGAGUUGUCKUUGGAGUAUUUUUCUGUCCAUGCACAUUCGAUAGCGUUUCCUGAGAUAGCUCUACCAACAGUAAUACGRUUGAGAAAGUUUAUCAAGUCAACUCCCAUCCCCAAAUACAGAAAACAAAUUAAACAACUUCUUGAAAAGAUCGAGGAGACAUCCAAAGAGGUCACUGAAAGACGSUCUUCGGUCUCGUUUAGCCCAAAAGACAUUAAACAAGUGGAAUCAUGGACCGCUCAGUACAAACAACAGCCAAACACAAUUGCAAGGUUUUAUACGACGUGGAAGUCAAUGAAGCCUGUUAUUCAGUAUACUGAGGAAGAAGAAUUGGACCAACRUGAUUCUGAAAGCGAAGACGAACAACCCAAGCAAAAGAGACAAAAAAAGAACAAGAAAAGCAACAAAAAAUUCUCAAAUAAACAGCAAAAYGACGSYAAAACAGUCACCGAAGAGAAGGAAGACGUUGUUGAAGAUUUUCAAUUCUCUUCUGACGACGAAAGUUGAUUGAUCAAAUUUGACUUUUUUAAUUCAAAUCAUUAUUUUAUCGGCGGAAUAAAAGAAAAACUAACUUUGUAAGCAG